ACAGACCACGUGACCUGCUGUCAUACUGGAAUGGCUCCCAGCACUCAGUGUGUAACUACGCCGUGAGAAAAUGGGAUUCUCUAUACGCCUGUCUGAAAUAAACAAAUGUAUCCGUUAUAAAGACGUUAAUAAAUGUCUGAGUAAAUCCGGCGUGAUAUUUGAGAGUGGCAAGGUGACAGAGAGAAGGAGCCCAACAUGUUAUUGUUUCAGUUACCCGAGGAUGUGCUUUACCUAAUCUUGUCGUACCUGGACUACAAAUCGCUAUGUCGCCUCUCUCAAGUUUGCAAGAGAAGCCAUCACUUCACUCUCCGAGACGUCGUGUGGAGGAGGAUAGCGAAACACUUUAUCAACACUGGAAUGACACGGGAAGGAACAGACCUAUAUCCUACUAUUCCACUAAAGGACAGAGUGAAGAUUUCCCAGAAUUGGAGUCAUGGUGUUUGUCGUAACAGUGUCCUUCUCAAGUGGAAGGUUAACUUGUUGCCGUGGCUACAGCUGGAUGGUGAUGUGCUGUAUCUCUCUCAGGCGGCAGACAUUGCAGCUUACGAUCUCAGGGGAGCUGAGAGAGGGAGGUUUCAGCAUAAAAGGGUGGACGUUUUUUCAGGACACCAAGAAGACGUGUGCCGAUUCACACUGACAGACACACAUCUCAUCAGCGCUGGAGGGGACGGGAAGAUCGUCAUCCAUUACAAAAACCGUGAUUAUUCUGUGGAGUAUUAUGGCCAUAAUCAGGAGGUGAACUGUAUUGACUGCAGGGGUGAAUUGAUUGUUAGUGGCUCUAGAGACAAAACUGCUAAGGUGUGGACAUUAAAUCCAGACCAGUUGGAUAAAUGUCUUCAUACCAUCCCUACUUAUGACAGAGUGUGGUCAGUGGCCAUCAGUCCCUCUCUGUGCACCUUUGUGACUGGAACUGCAUGCUGUGAAAACUUUGCUCCUCUUCGGAUAUGGGACACAGAAAGGUGUGACCUGGUGACGUGUCUUGGCACAAAGUUCCGCAGAGGUGCAGGUGUGUUGGAUAUUGUGUAUGAGUCUCCCUUCCAGCUCCUCACCUGUGGAUAUGACACCUUCAUCCGCUACUGGGAUCUGCGUGUCUGCUCCAGGAAGAGUGUGAUGGAGUGGGAGGAGCCUCAUGACAAUGCACUUUACUGUAUGAAGACUGAUAAGAACUAUAUGAUCGCCAGUGGUUCCUCCUACUAUGGAGUAGUGCGUCUGUGGGACAAACGGCAAACCCGCUGUUUGCAGAUGUUCCAGCUCACCUCUUCCACCAGUAGCCCAGUGUACAGUCUGUGCUUUAAUGCCACACACCUGUACGCCGCCCUCGACUCAGCCCUCUGCUCACUGGACUUUAGAACCUCAGGGCCGAGGCCUAAGAGAUAAAACAGCUCACUCACACCAAAAUCCAACACACACACACACACACACAGUCACAUGUGCCUUGGCUUUUAAGUCCACAUUACACAACUUCAACACCUUUUCCCUCCAGGUCUGACAUCGAGCCUUUGACCUUUUACCCUUCCAAAACCUCAGCUUAGAACUUCAGGAACCCCAUUAAAAUAUCUGUACCCAGUGUGGCCUUGGAUUGGUGCCACAGAUAGUAGCAGAUAGUUGUCAUUUCUUCACUAAUCUGUGUCACUGGCUGUUGAGAGGAGCAGAGGGAGCAGGGUUCAUGACCUUCUGUGACCUGAGCUUUAACGGAUUUAACACAUUGCCAGCGACCUAUGGGAUUAUAAAACAAACACUGCUCAGAGCUGCCCGAACACCCCAUGGGUAUUUAUGCUGUAGAGCAUACAGUACAAUAAUGGUUUUUUUUUUUUUGCUGUUUGGUUUUUUUAUCCUUCAAAAAUGAGUUAAAUCAGUUGACAUGGCUUUGUGUGUGUUGUUUGUCUUCUGGUGACAGUGAAGGGGUUGCUUUUAUUCGGCAGUUAUUCUGUAUAGAUGCCACUUUAGGCAAUAAAGGUUUUAUACUGUAAACACAGUUACAUGUCUCCUUACAUCUUUCCUCAAUGGAUUAUUGCAGCAUGCUUAAAAGUUUCAUUCAAAGACUUCUUAAAUAAUAAUAAUUACAUAUAACACUAAAUAUAGUUAAUGUUCAAUUUUAGCACCUCAGCAUGGUUUACAUUUAAAAUAUUAAAGAUGGCGCUGAUUACAUUCAGUUUUAUGGGGAUUUGAAAUAAUGUUAGUUUGUUAUUAUCCUAAGAUGUGUGUUGUGUGAAAAUGAUCAAAUAUUAGAGCUCAGGUUGGAUAAGGUGCAUGCAUGCUUUCCUCUCUGCCUCUAAUGCAUGUUUCUGUCGAGUUGUAAUAUAUAUGUUUUGAAACUUUUAACACUGAAUGGGCUUGAGAGCUUCAAAGGAAAUGUCUCACCCUGUUGUAACAUGCAAGCUGGGACACUGAAAACUCAGACAAACUGCUGUUGAAUGUGUUGAGAAGGCAGCUACAAGUUUUUUCACUGAAUAUUUCAUCCCUCACACAUUGGAAAGCUUGGAGAAUUCUGCUAUAGGUUUUGUUGAAAAGAAAGUGGUCAUUCUUGCAGCAGUAGUCUUAUUGCCUGUGUGUGGCCGUGGGAUCUCUGGUGGUCAUGAUGGUAGAGCGCAGACAUCUGCCGGAGGGAAGAAGACAGAGUAAGUGCAAGUGUCUUCUCAACGUGUGCUAAAUGCUGUUUUACAUCGCACCAGCGUCUGAGUGAAUGACCAUUCAAAGGGAGCGAGCAGGGGCCUGCACUGACAUGGUUAAUUCACAGACCUUCCCAAAACAAACGUCUUUUUCCUUUAAUGUUAAAGCCCCUGGAUUUGACCUGACAGAGGAUCACAUUGGAAAGGUGUUGCCCCUUAACACUCUACUCGGGUCUCUUUCUCUCCCGGGUUUCUGUGGAAAACCUUAAACGUGAGUCAGACCUUAAGUAAAUAACCUCAAAGAAAUUACGUUCCAAUAAAAAGCGUACAUAAAUCAUGAUCAUGCAUCAUUUGUGAAUAAAUAUGAUUAAAUAAUAUCUACACUUUGAUAAUGUUUAGGAACAUUUACUAGAUAUUUGUAUUUUUAAUAUGCAUUAUGCUUAAGAUUCAGGAUCUUUUUAUAAUUUAAUAUAUAUGAUAUAAAUAAUGCCUUAAAUAAGCUACAGAGCCAGUUUAACUUUAAUAUGCUCAUAUGCAUCUAAAUACCAUAUCUAAAAACCUAAAGAGCUGGUUUAUAGAUUAGUAGCGAAGGGACGCUUAGCAUUGGAAAUGCAUUGGGGUUGUAAUUUAUGGACAAAGAUGGAAUAAAUGAGAUCAUAUUCAAACUGGGACAAUCCAUUAGCUGAGUUUCCCAUUUAACAUUAAAGGUAUGUCUACACCUCCAUGCAGGGACUAUACAGUAAUGCAGGAAAUAUGGCCUCUUGGGACAUGAAACAGCGGUCAGUUAAAUAAAUAAUAAUCUGCUACUUUUGGGCUCAGAUGGAAAUGAGAACUCAUGCCCAUAUUUCUUAAUAGUAAUAAUUUGGAUUUAGCUGCAGAUUCAACAUCAAAAUUUACUGUUUGCUUCUUAUAAUUCUUUUUUUUUAUCUUUACAUAACCUGUUUGCUUCAUUUCCUUUUUCCAUUUUACCCUUCUGCUUGAUUUCGGCCACUUUUUUUUUUUUUUUUGACAUUUUCACUGUUCUCUCCUGUCUUCUCUCACAUGACCAUAUUUUUACAACCUUUGUGGUAAAGCACACAGUUAAGAUAAGGAGCAAAUGAGUAGAAUAGUUUGUUUUGUUAUAUAUAGAUUAUUUUACCUACUGUAUAAAUCUUCCAAAUGGCAUAUAGAAUCCUCAUUGCAAAUCACUCAUUAUAAUCACUAUUUGUAUAAUCACUUAUUAUUAUUCAGAUUGUUAGUGGCUUAAGGUUCUGAGCCUUACAGAAAAGGCUAAAUAUAAUAAUUAAUUAAUAAUUAAAUUAUUCACAUGUGAAUAUUUUUCACUUUUUUGGACUUCAUAUUUUAAUAAAAGGAUUCAUAUUUCUAAUAAAAUGUAUUUAUUCUCAGAUGUGAUUUCCUCUCAUGAGUAUGUAGGCUAAUUCUUCACAAGUGAUCAAAGUAUCCACAUAAAUGCCAUUUAGCCUUUGUUUACUUACAUGGUAUAUUAUUCAGAUAAUCAAAUGUGGGGGAAACGUAGAAUCAAGAGAAAUGUAUGAUAUUUUUCGUAGAUGGUCAGUGACUAUUUUAAUGAACAUAAAGCAUUUAAUCACAUUUUAAGAGAUACGUACAGGGUACGAGGACAAACGUGAAACCACUUAAUAUUCAUUACGGGAAAGUUACAGAAAUAGAGAACACUCCUGGGUUUCCAUCCACAUGUAUCUAUCUAGCUGUCUAGCUAUCUAUCUGUCUGUCUGUCUGUCUAUAUAUUUUUUAUUCAUGUUUAAAUGUUUUCAAUACAGUCAGCAUUUAUUGGUACUUUGUUAAGACUUUGGUAUGAUGGCCAUACGUGAAAUGUUAACAUUAAAUUCGAAAAACAAAAUUACUGGAAAUGUUUUGGUGGGAAAAUAUUACUGCAUUUAGGUUUACGUUUUGUGUCACACGUCAUUAUUUAUUCUCAACAAACAAAUAACACAUUAGCAGGGAAAGAAGGACGCCGGGUUUGUGCCGCGUAAAUGUGCGCCGUCUGUGUUUCUCUAUCCUCUGUCUCACAGGGAAAUAAAUCUCUACUCACACACCUUCACCAUGAGGAGAUAUCGCAAUAUCCUCUUAUUACUAACAUCUACAGGCGAUCAAUGCCAGUUUAAAUGUUCUGGGGUAAUGGGAAAGAAGUCACCCAAAUUCGGCUUUAACGUCUGAGGAAGAUAUAUAAGCCUUGAAUCAUAUAAGAUGGAAUCUUCUAUAGCCUUCUGUGUAUAUGGCUGUAAUGGCUUAUGUCAGUAGCCAAGGUUAAUUUGGAAUAUUUACACAUAAGCGCUUGAAAAAGGAGAAGUGGAGGAACAUCUGUAAAGAUGCGCAGCUGGAUUAAGAACACAGGGGUAUUUCUUAGUUUAAUUAAGUAAAUAUUCUGACUUCAUUAGUCGAUGUUAAACUACAGCAGAUAAAAUGACACUGUUUAUAAUAGGAUAACAUUAAUCAGCGUUCUGAUAAUUCAUGAUAUCGCCUAAAUACUAAUUAUUAUCUUUUUUGUCACCUGCAUCAGUUAAAAUGUUAAUGUAAUGAUAAACGUGUCAAACGCAGUUGGUUUGUUUGCUUUUUUGUUUGUCUGCUUGCUUGCCUGCUUGUUUGUUGGAAGUGAUGUCUUUUUUGUGUCAAUGAAAAUGAGGGUUUUUUUUGUUUUUACAUUUUUACCUAUUGCAUUCGAUUAGGUAGAAGCUGCAUAAUAAUCUAUAGUGCUGUGGGCUCUAAGGAAGAGGAUUUGAGGGAUUAUGUGGUACACAUUUGGACAUUCUCCUUCCACAAAAAUCCAUUAGCUACAAGGACAUAUACUCGAUUUCUAGCCAUUAUUUCUUUCUCCUUAAAAACAUACAACUUCAUAGUAUGCAGAGUUGCAUAUACAUGGCAUCUUCUGUUUUACUUUGGUAUGAGUAAUAGCUUCACCUCUGUGGUACAAUUUGUUUUAAUCAGAGAUAAUAGGUUAAAUGCAAAGUACUUCACCACCACAAUAACCACUUUCUGCCAUUUUAAACCAGCUGAUUAUUUAAAGUACACUUAGCCCAAAAGGUUCUAUCUAGUAUACACUAAAUAGUACUUUGGUCUUUCCUCUAGAUUUUCCUUAAAGGUUUAUAAAAAUUUAGUAUUCCAUGUAGAACACAAACUAUCAAAAAGCCACCUAGGGAUCCUUUUUACUAGAAGUGAAUAAUGCAUCAGACUAGGAUUCAGUUAUUCCUCUUGAAUGUGUUAAUUACUUUGUGAGUCCCUUGGCAGAUGUUGGAGAAAAACAGUUGGAAGCAUCUGGGCAAAGAGAACAAAGUAUUUAGCAGGUGAAACACUAUCCUCCAUGUUAUGUUAUACCUCAAAAGAGUGAACACACACUUUGCCAGACAAUUAUACGGUAAUAUGUCCAGGGGACACCACUAUAAGUGGUUAAAUAAAGAGAAAACAUAGGCAAAAAGACAAUUUUAGAUACUUUCUUUUUACUUCACAAAAAGUGCAGAGCAUUAAUUAUUGCAUUCACUAACAAACUAGGAAACUGAUAGAUAUAUGUACCUAAUUUCACACAUUAUUCACCUGCAUUCACCUGUACUUCUCAGCCACAAUGGAGAGAAUGAAAGAUGUAACAUGAGUACAAGUUAAGAGUUACACCAUGUUUUGCUUGGCCAAGUUCACUGGACUUAAAUGGAAUCAAGGACUUCCUUUUUAGAGCAGGUGACCCCAGUUUCCUACAGGAUGAUGCCUCUGCAGAGCUGCAUUAACUUGUGGUCACAGUAUCGGGUGUCGCUGUGUCUAAUCACACAGCCAGCAAGAGAAUUCAGCCCAUUCAAGUCUUUGGAUAUUGUGGUAAUUUUACGCAAUAGUGCCAUCUAAAGGUACUGAAAGCAGCUUACAACGUUUCUACAAAACAUCCCAAAAGACCACGAGAAACCUACCCACAAAUCUUUCCUAUAGAAAUAUUUUUAUGGACGCGUUGGUCUUAAGUGCCCUAGAACUGCACUGUAAAUAUAAUUCACAGCAUGUCUGUA